GUAUUUCAUUGUUCUCCAGACAUUGCACAUCUCCAAAGACAGCAUCGCUUUAGAGGACUGUUCUCACUCACUAUGCUUUUCAAGGAUUAUAAGCUUCUUGUCAUUAGCGUCAAUAUCUUGGUGAUCGGAUUCAUAAUAUACACAAUGAUCGCCAUCAGUUAAAUGUAAUCGCAAAAACAAAUAUCUUAUAAAUAAAUUACCGUUAUUGUACAUUACAAAAACAAAGUGGAUUGCAGUAUUUAUUUUACAACAAUGGGGACUGGGAUAGAAAACUACACAGCAAGAUAAUGAAAUAUCGCUAACUAAAGGGUACAUGAUGGCCCUUUAGUUAGCGAGCUUCUUACUCUUAUUCUACGAAGUAGGGAAAGGCGAAGGAGUCGCUAUAAUGGACCUAUUUUUGCUAAGUAUCAAAAAAUGUUAGCAUACUUAUAUAGUACAGCAUAGUACAUAUGAUACUUGCCGAUCAUAAUACGUAGUUUGUAAUCUUGCGAGAAUUACAUACAUGCAUUCGUGCCUUUCCACAGAAGAUGUUUCUGUUUCUGAAGCUAAAGUGCACGAAUUAGCGAUUGCAGGGGAAUUUUCGUUUGGGAGAUAAGCGUUUAACUUGGAACUAUGUACUUUCUUUCUAAUAUGUCACAUUGCAUUCAAUAUUUAAACAUCGAGAAGAAUGGAUCGCAAGGUAUUGUAUAUUUGUCGGGACUGCAAUGCAUCGAUCUACCUAUAUUCACUUGCUAAGGAUCGUGUAUACCAGAGUCCUUCUUUCGGCGAGUCCCACAAAUAUUGCACCAACUCAAAGAAUCCAUGGGAGCGAUCCUGUAAAAAUGUUAUUUGGGUGUGUGAAAAUUCCUAUCAUUCAACCGCUGAAAGUGUUAAUCAUGAAAAUAAUGAUUGCAAGUCCAAAUCGAAAUCACCGAAUCAAAUUGAAACAAGAUACACCAAUUUGCUUGACUUAGAGAAGCGUAAAGAGGCACUAGAGACGCAUCUCAAAACAUGUCCGGAUUUGGUACAAAGAGCCACUGUCACAGAAGCCAACAUUUCUGCCACGCAAUACAAAGCAGCGCAAACAUCCAUGCUUAAUCGGCGAGUGAUCAUACCUAUUGCAGCUAUAGCUUUGUCAAUAAUAUUAAUCGGACUGCUGUUGUUAACUGAAGGAAGGACUGGAUUUUUCAACACAAACAAGGGGUCAUUGCAAAUGAUUCCAGUAAAUGCAACCCUGGUACCUCGAGCAAACUCGCUUUUGCUAAUUAGUAGAGAUGAAUGGUCUGCGCAGACUGAGCGAGACGGAAUGCAGAAACUGCAACUCCCAAUAGAACGGAUCAUCAUUGCACAUAUUUCAACAGCGCAAUGCGAAAAUAGGAUCCAGUGUGAUUCACAAGUGAGAGCUGUGCAAGCCUUUCAUAUACACUCAAAUGGUUGGGGCGAUAUCGGUUAUAAUUUUCUAAUUGGAGGCGAUGGUCUAAUAUACGAAGGUCGAGGCUGGUAUAACCAAGGCGUCCACACCUUGGGCUAUAAUAAAGAUAGCAUCUGUAUAGCAUUCAUCGGUACAUUUAAUGUGGCAGUGCCCACAGAAAACGACUUGAAAGCAGCUCAAUUACUCAUCGAUGAAGGAGUGAGGUUGGGAGUGCUCACGGAAAACUAUCGACUUUACGGAGCCCGACAGCUAAGCGCCACUGAAAGUCCCGGAAAAGCACUGUAUAGCAUAAUAAUGAAGUGGCCACACUGGAGCAGAAGCGUCUGAAUAAAUGUCAGUGAUUUCAUAAUUAUAUUUUAUUUAAGACUUCUGUUAAUAUUAAAGACCAAAUAAAUAAAUAUUAAGUAAAAAAUAAUCAUA